AUGUCGUACCGAAACCACAGCCGCCAUAACACACAAGGAGGGCCCCGGGCCAACUCUAGUCCCGAACCAUUGCUUCAGGACCUCACACAUCCAGCACUUCAAAUACGCAAUGUUUCCGACGCGCUGAUUGUCGUCGAAGCCGUCCGUCGGGGAAUGCUUCCGCUGAUCAUCCAUCGCCUUUCAGUUGAAGACCGCGAGCAAGUAGGCGCUGGGCGAGUGUAUGUUUGGGAGGAAUCCGACCGAAAAGGUGGUUUGAUGCGCUGGACGGAUGGCCGCAAGUGGUCCCAGAGCCGCGUGCUAGGCGAACGCCUGUUCUACGAUGAAAAGGUGGAGAUCACAGAGGAAGAGCGGGAAGCCAAGGCCCAACGACGUGUGCAGAGAAUUGUCAACCCGGGGAUCCCAGUCCCACCUCCGAACCGAAAUCAGAGACAGUUCAAAUCGGAUGGAUUGACGAAAGAGAAUUAUAGCUUCUUUGUGAAAGGACCCGGCGAUCUUUCUCGAAAAUGGCAUCUAGUGGCCUAUAGUAUUGGCUCCGAACGUGCUACUUAUCCUACAAUUACUCAUUAUCCUCAUCUGCUGGCGAUCCGGGUACCACCAGGCGUGUUCUCGCUAUCAAGGAAUCGCAGGGUCAGAGAGAAACAUGUUCCUAGCGCUUGUGGAGGGAGUCUGCGAUCCGUGGAGAGCACAUCCAUCGAAUCUUCAAGUAGCAGGGGCUCUCGUGCAGAGAAUGCGGCACGGGGAUUACCUCAAGUCGGAGAUUCUGCAGCGCAGAGAGUCAUUCUUCCACAAAUCUCCACCCUCUCAUUCAACGACCCUGACGGACCCAGGUAUACGUAUCCGCCUCCCACCCGCAUAUCUCCCGCACAGGGUCUUAAGAGCACAUUUUCAGACGAGGACAGGCGAAUGCUAGAUAGUUUCCCACUUCACCUGUAG